AUGGCUCCAAAUAUAUAUGCUGGAGGAGAUAGAAGAGGAAGCAUUCAGAAUCAUGACAUGCAGGAAAUCUCUACGAAUCGACUUCAUCUGCGACUUGUAGUGGUUCUCGAUGUACUGCUUUGCCGCCGCCACCUUCUGCUUGGUGGCGCUAGACUGCGCCUCCUCCCCCGCCGCGGCGGCCAUCCUCGCGGAGCUGCCAACGUCGCCGUCUACGUGGACGCCACCGAGGACGAGCUCUUUCGCCUCACCACCAGGGAGGGGAAGCUCACCGUGGAGCGCGAGAAGGUGAAGAUCGAGAUGCACCGCUUCUCCCCCGUUGUGCAGUUCGAGCAGGACCCCGUGCAGAUCCUGGACGCGCUGCUCCUGCUCUACCUCAACAGCCAGCGCCUCCGUGCCCUGUAGGAGUCGCUCGCCUCCUGGAUGAGCGCCAUGAGCAGCGCCACCAACAAUGCCAUCGAGCUCCGCAAGAACCUCUCCCGCAGAUCGAUCCUGCUACUGGGUCGAUCUCGUCGACACGACUAUCGUUGCUCUGUUUCUUGGAGAAGGGCGUGG